AUGCUGUCGAUUAUUAUUGUCGUGGUGAAUCUCCUCAUAGAGACUUCAGUGUCAUUCACUGUAGUGGUUCCUGGUGAUCCUAUAGCGGCUCAUGUGGGAUCCACAGUGAUUGUUCCCUGCUGGAUCUCUCCUCCUGAGAACGCUGAAGCUCUGGAGAUCCGCUGGUACCGUCACGAUCAGUUCAGCAACCCUGUUCUGCUCUAUAAUCAUGGGAAGCUCCAGGACGUCCAGGAGGAACCGUACAGGAACCGAACCUCUUUGGCUCUGCGGUCAGAUCAGUCUGGUGGACUGAAGGAUGGAGACGUCUCUCUACAGCUGGAGAAACUCAGAGUACAAGAUGAAGGUUCAUUUCACUGCUAUGUGACUGGAGAAAGUUCCUAUGGGAGUGAAGAGGUGGUUCUCAAAAUCACUGCUUUAGGAUCCGCUCCUGUCCUGUUUCCAAAGCCUCUAGAUGAUGGGCGUGUGAACAUCAGCUGCAGGUCCAGCGGCUGGCAUCCAGAGCCCAGCGUCUCGUGGACGUCAGAUGAUGGAAGGUCUCUCCGUCCUGGAGGAUCGUCUCACAGUCGUGGAGCAGAUGAGCUGUUCUCUGUCCACAGCUGGACGGCCGUCUCUCUCUCAGACGCUCAACUGGUCUCAUGUUCAGUCUCUCUCAGAACUGGAGAGUUAAAAGAAGGAAGACUGAACAUACAGGGCAUCGUGUCUUCAGGUCCAUGGAAGGCUCUUUUCCUCACUUUUCUCAUCUGUGCUCUUCUGGGUUCGGUUGUGUUCAUCCUCUACAAAUACAGAGAGAAACUAACAGGGAAGAAACCAGCUAAAGAAAUGUCGUUCACUGUAGUGGUUCCUGGUGAUCCUAUAGUGGCUCAUGUGGGAUCCACAGUGAUUCUUCCCUGCUGGAUCUCUCCUCCUGAGAACGCUGAAGCUCUGGAGAUCCGCUGGUACCGUCACGAUCAGUUCAGCAACCCGGUUCUGCUCUAUAAUCAUGGGAAGCUCCAGGACGUCCAGGAGGAACCGUACAGGAACCGAACCUCUUUGGCUCUGCGGUCAGAUCAGUCUGGUGGACUGAAGGAUGGAGACGUCUCUCUACGGCUGGAGAAACUCAGAGUACAAGAUGAUGGUUCUUUUCGCUGUUACGUGAGUGGAGAAAGUGCAUAUGACAGCCGAGAAGUAGUUCUCAAAAUCACAGCUUUAGGAUCCGCUCCUGUCCUGUUUCCAAAGCCUCUAGAUGAUGGGCGUGUGAACAUCAGCUGCAGGUCCCGCGGCUGGUAUCCAGAGCCCAGCGUCUCGUGGACGUCAGAUGACGGAAGGGCUUUCCGUCCUGGAGGAUCGUCUCACAGUCGUGGAGCAGAUGAGAUGUUCUCUGUCCACAGCUGGACGGCCGUCUCUCUCUCAGACGCUCAACUGGUCUCAUGUUCAGUCUCUCUCAGAACUGGAGAGUUAAAAGAAGGAAGACUGCACAUACAGGGCAUCGUGUCUUCAGAUCCAUCAGAUUCAUCAGGUACAUGGAAGGCUCUUUUCUUCUCCGUUCUCAUCUGUGCUCUUCUGGGUUUGGUUGGGCUGAUCCUCUACAAAUACAGAGACAAACUAACAGGAAAGAAACCAGCUAAAGAAAUUUGUGAGGAGGAAACUCUGGAGAGACUGAUAAAAGAAGUUGCGGGAGACGUUAAUAUAGAAGAACUGAGGAAACAUGCAGUUGAGAUCACUAUUGACCGUGAGCAUUCACAUCCAGAUCUGAAGGUUUCUAAGGACUGUAAAACCGUGAGGGACAGUGAAGAUUAUCAGCACACUGGAGAGGGAUUUCCAUUUCAAUUAUGUGCAUUUGGAGCCCAAAGAUUCACCUCUGGUCGUCACUAUUGGGAGGUAGAGCUGGCACAUUCACCUAAUCCUCCCAAAAACUUCUGGAUAAUUGGUGUGGUGAAACAUGGACAUUUUACUGCAAGAGACAGAUCUGCUUUAACUCCAUCAAACGGUUUCUGGUUCUUGUGUUCAGACGGUCCUCAUGGCUUUUACACCAACACUGAACCAUCGAUUAGAUUCUCACUGACACCGAGACCUGAACGACUGGGAGUUCUGUUCGAUUAUGAUGACGGUCUGCUGUCAUUUUACAACGUCAAAGAGAGUACACAUCUCCUGACCAUCAGCAGCAGAUUCUCUGAAUCAGUCGUUCCUCUCUUCAAUCCUGGUGCAGGUGAUCCAAGUCCACUUAGAAUCCUGGAUUGUCCAAAACCUGCAGAAUUAGCUGUAGAGUCCAGUGAUGAUCCAUAACCUGUAGAAUCAGCUGAAUCCUGUCAGCCUUUACUGAGUAAUAACAGCUUAGACGCCUGACUGACUAAUGCAGUUUAAUCAGAAGGACAUACAUGCAUAAAAAAUACCUGAUGUAUGAAAACCUACAAACUACAAAAAAUCUAUUAAAAUUUACUGGUAUGGUUCAGACAACAUAAUUUUUAAGAGUAGGUUUGAUUCCCAGUGGGAAUCCUACAGUGUCACAUGACAACAUCAAAUCAAAGUGCUGCAAAUUUGAAUCCUCCCUUGUUUCGACCAACGAUACUCCUAAUCAAACUAACUAAACAACUAACACGGCCAGUGUAGGGGUUUUAUUUUUUAAUCAUCCGACGUAACACAAAACAACUUUCCCUACCUGAUGCAAACAACAUGGGAGCCAGUCCUAACCAAAAUGUGUGCAUGGAGGUGUGUUUGAAAACUUCUGCCUACAGUAGCUACAACAACAGGGAUAAAGACCCCUGAGGAAGAUGAUGGUAAAAUAAGGUUUUGAACCUUUACAAUUAAUCCAGCAAGAUUAAUCUUUAAUGAGAAUGUCUACCCCUAUGUUUUUA